AUGCCGAACCCCAGUUCAGGCGGCCGUGACUCUCGACGCUCAUCUAAGUCUGGUCCUUCCAGCCAAGAGGCGUACCGCAACUCGGAAAGGAGAGAAAAGGCCAAGAGCACUCAGAGUUAUACUGGCACAGCGUACGGAGCGGCUGCUGCGCGACGUGGAAGCGUGCAGCCCAAUGCUGACGGCAGUGCGUCUCUGAGCAGUGUUCCUGAGCGGCCGCGCUUGAAGGCGCGAACACAUUCUGCUCCUUUGGUCGAGACGCACCCUGCUGUUCGAGAUGGAGGUGACUCUCCACAGCAAGCAACCGAAGCGGAGGACAGAGACUAUGCGGUGGCUCAGGCCACCCUUAAUGCUCUAAUAGAUGGACAGGACGAGGACGAAGUCGCCGGUGCUGUCGGUACUGUGAGACAGUACCAGCCUUUUCAGAGUCCUGAGGUAUCAGAACCAUUGACUGAAAUCAAUAUUGCUGUGAUCGGCGCGGGCGGUGUUGGCAAGUCUACCUUCCUACAAAGAGCGCUGGACCUCCCUGCUCUACCGCCCUCUAAUGCUGUCGAGCGAAAGAUCCCACUUGACGGGAGCGAGUAUCUUGUGCGAUUACUGGAGCUGCCUAUCGAUGAAGUCGAGGUUGACAACGACGACGAUACAGUUGGAUGGCCAGAGACCAUCGAAGACAGAAGGAUGCCGAGGAUUCAUGGUGCCAUUGCCAUGUACGACGUCCAAGACCGGGACAGCUUUCGAGACAUCCCCGAUAUCCUGAACGCAAUCAACAGAGCUGAGCUGCCAUCCGUUCUCGUAUCGUCAAAGUGCGACACACCAGCAGGCAAGCGGGAACUCGAUCCAGCGUUUAUUGAACGGAAAGCUCGUGCAUCGAUAAGCGGCAUCAGCACCUUGCAAACGUCGGAGGAGAGUCAAGAAAGUAACAAGCGCGCGAUCUCAAUGAUACUGAAAGCGAUUGUCCUCGGAAUCCCAGGUAGUAGCAGCAUCGUAAGCUUCAACUCUUCUGCGAACCGCCGACGAGCGCAGUCGAAUGCUGUUCGGCCGGUGUCGCCACGGCCACCCACCAGUCGCGGCCAUGCACGCGCUAGCUCAGAGUAUAGCGGCAGCCUCUACAGGGAUGCCAAGCACUCACGGCACGAUUCGAGUUUAGCUGGCUACGGCUCGAACAGCCACCUGCAGGUACCUUCUGGCAUCACGGAAGAGGAUUCACCGCGCUCAUUCUACGUUGAGGAAUCGGCAAGCGAAGGCUCGCCCGAGUCAGCACGGUCAUCAGUCUCGGCAGAAGUCGCGCAGCAGACACUUGGUGGCGCACCGUCUGUCGCCACGAUCUCCGAGAAUGGCGCAACUUUCGAUGAGCUGGUUGACAGACUCCUUGCGCAACCUACGUCAAAGGUAGACAGCAGAUUCGCUUCCAUCUUUCUCGCUCUGUAUAGAAAGUUUGCAGCUCCAGGUAGGCUACUGGAGGCGAUCGCAGAUCGGUUUGACGCUCUGGAGCGGAAUGGCAACGCUCUCAUGAUCAAGACAGUCAUACAAUUGCGCUACCUUGAACGGAUGGAACAAUGGAUCGGCCAAUAUCCAGGUGACUUCGCACACCCGCGCACAAAGCGCAGGAUGCAAACGUUCAUAGCCAAAGUCUCGGGCUCACGAAUCUCCGCUGUUGCCACGAAUGAGUUGACGAACCACAUGGCGAUGGUGACGGAAGAUGAUGACACCAACUGGGCAUACUCGGAUAAGGAUCGUGAAACGGACUAUACGGUGUCGAACGGCUCGACGUCGAGCACGCUCAUAGAUGAUCCGGCUAUGAUACCGGAUGGCGCUUUCAGCGGUACAACUCUGGCCGACGAUAACAGCACGACAGCUACCACGGGAGGUGACACAGUUCGAUCCGGUUCAGGCUCGUCGAUAACUUCGUCGCAGAUCAUGGCCAGCGUCGAAGCUGCACAGAAGGCCGCAAAGCUACUACAGCCGCUCCCGCGUAAGGCUGUAACGAAGGAAGAGUGGCACGCAUUGAUGGAGCUACCAGACGGCGCCAUAGCUAAGGAAUUGACGCGCAUGGACUGGGUCAUGUUCUCAGCCAUCCGACCACGGGACCUUGUCCGACAUGUAUCGGCGGCAGAGAAGGCGCGAUGUAAGAAUCUCGUCAACGUCAACCGCAUGAUCGGGCACUUCAACCAGAUCGCGUCAUGGGUUGCGAACUACAUCCUCCUAAGAGACAAGCCAAAGCACCGAGCGUUGAUGCUGGAGAAGUUCAUGCGCAUUGCACGGAAGUUGCGCGAGCUCAACAAUUACAACUCGCUCGGCGCCAUCAUUGCAGGCAUCAAAUCGUCUGCCAUCGGACGCUUGAAUGCUACCCGGGAAUUAUUACCGCAGGACGUCGGCAAGGACUGGCUAAAGCUUGAGAUCUUGAUGAGUUCGUCGCGCUCACAUGCAGCAUACCGGCUCGCCUGGGAGAACAGCAACAGCGAGCGGAUCCCGUACAUACCGCUGCAUUUGCGGGAUCUGGCGUCCGCAGAGCAAGGUAACAGCAACUUCAUCGGCGAUGACCAGAAUGGUAAGAUCAACUGGAAGAAGUUCGAGAUUAUGGGUGAUGUCGUUGUGAGUAUGCAGCGAGCGCAAGGUAUGCCUUACAGGGGUCUAGGUGGCGCCAAGGGCGAGGCGUUGAUUAAGGAGCUCGUGCUGGAUGUCAAACUCGAGAAGGACGAAGACGCCCUCUUCGCACGCAGCCACCAGGUCGAGCCUACUGCUGGUACUGGUGGAACUUCAGAAAAGCUCAAGCAGUUCUUUAAGCGAUAGCGUUCGUGGCGUUUGCGUGGUGACGACAGGUACGAUGACACGACGUAUAGAGUUUGGAAUACGGCCGACCAGGGUCAUGUGCGGCGUUCAUGGGUUCAGUCUGCGGCUGAGAGCAGCUGAGCGAAAAGUCAACGAUGGGAAUAAAGGUGUCGAGUGGACAGCGAUGCCUCACGGCGCAAAAUAAUCGAUGUAGAUGAUGCAUGAUCGCAAGAUAUUGGCAGUCUUACAUCUCACUACCUGCAGUGCCCACGCCUGCCCGAAUACCUCUUUGCCAACUGGCCGCCAUGGACUGUUGCCACAUGUCU